AUGAAAAAUACAACUGAGCAAGUAGAAAACUUACCACACCCCGCUGCUGACAGAGAACAAAGGAGACCUAGGGAGAUACGAGUGCAUCAUGGUCUGAUUGCGUCCGGCAAUCAAGUAAUCAAGGACGCUGUCUUCCGAGAUAAACUCGACAGGGAUCUUGGUGGGCAUGUGUAUUGUGUCGAAAUGGAAGCGGCUGGUUUGAUGAACAAUUUUCCAUGCGUUGUCAUUCGAGGAAUUUGUGACUACGCGGACCCACAGAAGAAUAAAACCUGGCAGGAAUAUGCUGCAAUGGUUGCGGCGGCCUUUGCCAAGGAACUUCUGAUGAACGUGCAAACAAGCGAAGUUCAUGCAGAGCGAACAGCGAAGGAUGUUCUUGGGCCCGGUGAGCAAUCUCUAUGGGACUUAACAUUUAAUAUCUGCAUGUUAAUAUUCGACAGCUCUAAAGAUUCUUAUUGA